GGGAGAGGAACAUGCUCACACUAUAUAAUGUCCCCCUGGACUCAAGUCUCUAUCAGUCGCAUUCUUCUCUCCAACUUGAUCUUCUUUUUUAUAACAAAACUUGGUAAAUUAAUUUCUUAAACAUCACAAAAAAUAAUGUUUAGAAUAUUUACAUAUGCUAAAUGAUGUUCAUGAAAUUCAAGAAGUGAGAAAAAAGGGGUUGGCUCAUGAAUAAAACUUGGGUAUCCAAUAUGGAAAUCAUCCUUUACUGCAUUGCAACAUUACAUGUGAAGACUGAAUCAUUUCCGAAACAAAGAAAAUUUGAUCCACUUUCAUAAUUAUUAAUCUAAACUAGUUAACUUAUGUUGAAUAUUGCAUAUGAAUGUGAUAAGCAAAAAUAGGGCCCUCAACAGCUGUCUCUCUCCUUCAAAGACUUGCUUGCUUGCUCUCUUUACCCCAUUCAUUGCACAGUAGGGAUUUCCCCACCUCCAAUAAUGUAUUUUUCACUUGGAUUUCCUAUUCUUCAUUUUUUGGUCUCUCCUCUAUUGAGGCAAAAACUAGAGCUCCGGUUCAAGACUCAAUUGUGUUACAUCUUCUAUUCUUAUUCUAGCACAUCAUCCACGUUCGAAUCUAAAGAACCUCGUACUAUCAUGAACGAACAUCAAAUCCGACCACCUACAACUAACUCCGCGCAAUUCUUUUAAGUGUUGAAAAAAAUAUAAAAGGUGAAUCUAGAUUUUUAAACUCCAAAGGGGAAAGGCCAAAAGACUCAUGCAUGAUUCAAGUGAUUACACUAAUUCAAGUGAACACAUCAUACAAGAAUUCACAAUAAACUAAGUUGGCAAACAAUGAGAAUAGAUCAAGCUGACCCUAACUCACUUUAUGGUGCAAGGCCCACGUGCCCAGCACGUGAAACUCAUGAUAGAAAAAGAUGAAAUAAUUGAUAGAAGAUAAAAAGGAGCAACUACAAUGGACAUGAUACAAAAGCGAGUUUGUCAAGAAAUUAUACAAUAGCACAUGCAUUUAUGAGUACUAUUUUCUUGUUGUCCAUAUUGAGGAAGCACAUACUUAUUAUGCACACAGAUCAAAUGUCCAUUUGCUAUUCUUAGUUAGUCUAACUCUUUUUUAAUAUCCACACUCAUUUUGAGCAGUGAUACUUGAUGGCAAAGAAGAAGAAGACCUGGUUCAGUCUAAUUAAGAGGUUUUUCAUUUCAGAGCCACAACCAAGAAGGGAAAAGGUACACAACGUUAUACUUUUCAAAUUCAUAUUUUACUGUGUAGAAGAUUUACCAGAACUGCUUCGAUCUCUCGUGCGCUGCGAAAAGGAUAAGCGAAGGAGAUGGGUGUGCCGAUUGCUCAAAAUGAAAGAACUUGUGCCAUCGUCUCCGAGGGAAAGGCUACCAUGGCAACUCACAGCAACAGACACUCCUGAGCUUCAGCAGAAUGGGGAAACAGCUCAUCCAGAAUCUUCUGAAAACCACAAUCAUGCCAGUAUUCGCAACGACACAUUAGAAGCUUCGGCUGCCAUCAAAGUUCAAGCUGCAUUUCGUGGUUAUCUAGCAAGGAAAGCACUACGAGCACUGAAAGGAGUCGUCAAGCUUCAAGCUCUUAUUCGAGGUUGGGCUGUUCGACAGCAAGCUAUCGAUACUCUCAAGUGUCUGCAGUCCAUAGUAAACAUCCAAUCAGAAGUUUUCUCAAACAAGUGUGAAAGAGUUAAUAAGGAGUUGCGGUGUAAAGAUUACACAUCACAGGAUUUCAGCGAAAAGGACAUAAAGGUAGAUCUAAACAGCCAAAAGAGGUGGGAUGACAGUACAUUGACCAAGGAAGAGCUAAAAGCUCUGCUUCAAACUAAAAGAGAGGCUUCUAUCAAGAGAGAGAGGGUCAGAGAAUACUACUUGAACCAUCGGAGAUCAGCAGAAACAGAACGUGACAAGGUAUAUGGGAGACGGAGAUAUUGGUUAGAACAGUGGGUAGAUUCCCAGCUAGCUAAAAGUGAAAAUCCAGGCAAUUUGAUUGGAACCUUGUCAGCUAAUUCAAGAAACAUAGAUGAAAUUGGGGGCAAACUGAGAAAUUUUCAAAAGCAAUAUCAAGCAGAUGUGCCAGAGUCUCCUGCAUAUGUCCCAAGAAAACCAUAUCAUCAUAGGAAGCAGCGGUCCACAGGGGAUGAAACUUUAUUUGUAGGUUCUCCUAUCAUUCCUGCAUACAUGGCCACGACAGAAUCUGCCAAAGCGAAAGCUAGAUCAACGAGCUCCCCAAGAUUACGACCACUUAGUUUUGAUGUAUGUUCUGAGAUUACCUCUCCUUAUAAGCAUAAGCUGUCUCCAAUAUCAUCUAUUAACAGUGAGCUGACAAGCAGUAGUUGGGUUGGGAAUCAUUAUCAUAUGGGAUCCUCACAUCGAUCUCCACGCUUUAAAGGAUCACCUGGUCCAAUCAAAUCAACGAUGAGCACGAAGGACAUUAAACUUUGGGGCCUUCAUCACCAAAUAGGUACUAAUGUUGCUCCCACAGCUUGUGCAUGUCCAUUGGGGAAAUAAACUGUAGCAGAUAUCUGGGUUGGGAUAUUUUACAUAAUUUUUAUGUAAGUUAUUGUAUUUUAUACUCUUAUAACCAAAAAAUGAAGUACCAUGUCAGUGAUAUAUCCAUUCCGUAAAAAGAAUUCGAGAGGAGCAUAUGAAGGGCUCUUUGAUCUUCAUUGUACACUGUACAGAAGUUUAAUAAUCAACUAGCACUGAUUUCUAUAAAAAAAUUUUGAUAACUCA